UUAAGAUUUUUUUCAUUAUUCCAUUUCUGUGUCAAGACGGAAAAACAAUAUACUACUUUUAUGUGUAGUAAUGUAUAAACUCAACAAUAUAUAACAUAAUUCAGUAGUAUUUAACGUUUGAAAUAAAACUUACAAUUCGCUAUAUUCUUUGAAUAUUUGGUUUGCCUGACUGCCGUGCAGCGUCGCCAUGCCACCUAAGAAACAAAACAAAAAGGUGGAGGGCCUGACGCCGUAUCAAGGCAAGAAACGAUGUUUUGGGGAGUACAAAUGCCCCAAUUGUAACCGCACUUGGCUGUCUUCCCACUCGUGGGCCAAUUUCGGGCAAAACUGCACUAAGUGCCAAAUAAACGUAUAUCCUCAUAGACAGUUCCCACUGGAAGAUCCAGGCUAUAUGGACGAGAAAAUUGACAAAAACAAGCGUCAUCCCCAAGAGAUGUGUCAAAAAUGCCAAAGUUUGGGGCGUUAUUGUGACUCUAAAACUGCCCCCGGGCGCCGCCGGCGACGACGCAGACGUAACUGAAUUCCGGACCAGAAGGAAGCCGUCCUUUUGGUAACCAAGGGCACUGUUUAAAAUUACAAUUAUUUUUAUAUUGGAUUAGGGUCGAAGCACGAAAAAUUAAGUUUUAUGGAAAUAUGCCAGACCGAAGAACGAACUGACAAUAAUUACAGGAUAUACAUAUAUAGAAAAACGUAGGCCCUUGGCACACAAAGCGUAAGCGUAAGAGACGUGUAAGCGUGCGUAGAACGAGAGAGCUACGAGCACGAACAACAGGGGGCCUUCCGCGAAAACCGAAAUUCGCAAAUUGCGGGGAUCUUUCUCUUUUACUCUCACUAAGACGUAAUUAGAGUGACAGAGAAAAAUGCCCGCAAUUGACGAAUUUCGAUUUUCCCGGUAGCCGACCUGCAAACAAGUGUCGUCAUUACGGCAGGCGUAGCGUAAUACACGCGUAAAUAACAAAACUACUGACAUAGUCAAACAAUAAGAAAUCUUCAUCUGACAAGAAAGUACAAUCGUCGAUACAUCCGCUGAAGACAUGUGAUGCUAUUGACGCCAUGAUUUCAACUAAUUAGAUUUCAUUUAUAAAACAAUUACGAUUACGCGUCGCUUGGUGCCCAGAACUCUACGCGUCUCGUACUCGUAACGUUUUUACGAUACGCUUAAGCGACGCUUACGCUCCCCGUGCUUAAUUAUUAACAAUAGUACCUAUUUAAAUUAAUCGUCAACAAACAUACCUAUUGGCAGUAUUAGUUUUUCUUAACGUUUAACACCCCCCCCCCCCCCCCUGCAAACAAAUUUCUAUGCAUGGGGGGAGGGGCACUUAUCUUUGCAGCUGACUAUACAGUGUGUGUAGGUACAAUAUAAGUGCUACAUAAAGUACCUACAGGCAUCAGUCAGAUGUCCUUUUCUAUAACAAGUGGUAGGUAUACAUAUUAUGUAUAAGUAGAAGAGUUUUUAUUGUUUCAAAUAGCAGCGUUUAAACAUUACUUAAUCAAACACUGUGUUUUCGCUCUCACGGUCUGAAAUUCAGAACCGGAUUUUCGGAUGGUUAUGGAACAAAUUCAAAAACUAUAGAAAAACCAGACAAAUAUUAUUUAACCAUCUGAGUUUUUUCCAGAUCCGGCGCCAUAGUGACUCCGAUUCUUAAUUUUUGACCUUAUGGGAUGAAUCUGGGACGGAUUUUGAUUUUGUUUGGUUUAGUUACUUAAUGAUUUGGUAAUAAUUAAACUAAUAUAAUUAUUACUAUUAUUUGUACUUAAACCAGUUUUCAAUUAGUAAAUUUAGCUAAAGUAGUAUUGUAAGAUGAUAAGAGUGUAAUCCAUAUUUAGUAUCUUAUUGUUUAUUCCUUUAUAAGUGGUUUAAUAGCCCAUAUAUGUAUAGUUCCUAUUAUACUCUGUAUCUUUAGGUAUUUAAAUAAACGUAAACAGACAAUUUUUGGUAGCUAUAUAACAUUAGCAUAUUGGUUAACCAACCAAAUACAAAACCGUCUGAUUCUGUCACUGAACGACCUAACUUUAACGUACAUUAUUUGGUCGUGUAAUGUUUUCAUCUACCCUCAACUGGCUUGAGGAGUCAUUUGACGGUAGAUUUUAUUUACUUUCAUUUAAAUACCUAAAGAUACACUACUACUAAAGUUUGGCAAAUCAAUUUUGUCAGUAGAAAAAGCCGUGAAACAGAAAGUUUGCCUAGAAGUCCACCUUUUGCGCUUACAUUUAUUAUAUUUGGCACAUUCUACUAACAAAUUUGACUUGCAAGACUGUACUUUUUUGUUACUAGAGUUAAGAGAUUUGUUUUUCAUGUUUUGCGUAUGAAACAAAACAUUCGCUUUUACCGAAAUGUGGUAAUUAUUAAUGUUACCAUUUCAUUAUUAUAACAUAACUUUAGGUAGGUAGAGGUAAAUAAUAUAAAAUAUUUUGCUCUGUUGAUUUAUCAAAAUAAAAAAAGUGAUUUUA